CUCUGACAGUUAGUUAGCUUAUCUGCUAACUAUGCUAAAUUAAAACUUAUGACAUAAUUAAGGCGUUUUACCUUUGAUUUUUCUACAUUAUGGGGAUCAGGGCCAGUUGUUGCUGUUCCCAGUUCUCUGUUUAAAACAAGUAUGUAAGUCUAUCUCUGAAUCACACAGCAAGCCUGUGUACUUAUUUUUACAUUUUUAACGGUCUGUUAAAACAACUACGAUGUCACUGAAAAAAAAGAAAGGGGGGGGGGGGGGUAAUUGAAAGUGAAAAGUCACAUUAUUAUAGAGAAAGAGCAUUAUAUUUAAACAUUCUAAGCCUUUGGUUACACAUCAAAGAGAGGAUAGAAUUCCAAACCAAGGCAACUAUUAAAAUCCACCUGGAGGCUUUGUCAGUUAUUUGCACCCUGGACAUCAGAGCAGGCAUUUGAGGAAAACAGAGCAUUUGGUUUAUUAAUCCUCUUUACCAAACCACAUUAGCAUCACAUUUCAUAAAUGGAUCAUGUGGUGUGUGAGAAUCAACAGGAUAUUUUACCCGUUUGCUCCGAUGAAGAGGAGGACAUUAAAGUCAAUAUCGGAGACCGGAUCACCUCUCCCACUACAGAUUACGAGGUGCAGGCAAUCCUGGGGUUUGGUGCCUAUGGGUUGGUUACUCAAUGCCGGAAGGUGACCACUGAAGAAACUGUGGCUCUAAAAAUAUUCGUAAAAAAGAAUGCCAUUGGCGAUUCAAAGGAGGAGGAGGCCAUCCUGAAAACAAUGAAAGCCCUCAACUCAGAUAAGUUUAAUGUCAUCAGUCUGAAUGACUCUUUCAACUUCAAUGGUCAUUAUUGUCUGGAGUUUGAGAAACUUGACAUGAACCUGAGGGAAUUCCUGAAAAUGAACGAGGAUAUGUCUCUUGACUUGGAAGGGAUCCGCCCCAUUUUGCAACAGCUGGCGACAGGGUUGGAUUUUCUAAAGAGUGCAAACAUCAUUCAUGCAGACCUGAAGCCAGAAAAUAUAAUGAUGGUGGACCAUGUACAGCAGCCACUGAAAGUGAAAAUCAUCGAUUUCAGCUUAGCCUUGCAGAAUCCAGGGGAGAGUAGUGGUAGGACUCUCCAGAGCUUGUGGUACAGAGCUCCAGAGGUUCUGCUGGGAGCUCCUGUCAAUGAGGCCAUUGACGUGUGGUCUUUAGGCUGCAUUGCUGCUGAGCUACUUAAGGGCUAUCCACUUUUUCCGUGCGCUACUAAUUACGAUCUUAUAAGACAUAUUGUGCGCAUGAUUGCAAGGCUGCCAGUGCGUUUACUGAAAGCUGGAUUGUUCACCAAAAUGUACUUUACCAAAAAUUGGAAGUUGAAGCUUAAGACACCACCCACCGCAAAUUUCAUCACCCCGCGUACGCUUGUCAGUCUGAACGACCUUGUGAUGUUGUAUGCAGAUCUCCCAGGGGCAGAUGGCUGUGCUGUCCAGUGUGACUGUGUGAGCUUUGUCAGGCUCCUCACACACAUGCUGAUGGUUGACCCCUCUGACAGAAUUAGCCCCAGUGAAAUUCUUCAGCAUCCGUUUCUUACGAUGAGCCACUUAGAUGGCACAUUUGACAACAGCUUUUAUGUGAAAUCUAGUAAAGAGCUGAUGAUGAGUAUCUGUCAGGAUCAGAGGUCUGACAAAGGAGAUAACGGUGCUCUGACAACACAGCAGGUGAGUCUGAGUAAGGAUUCCUGGACCAGCACUCCCAGCCUGGCCGACGUGGGCAGCCCUGCUGGGACGAGCUGUGACAGGCCCUCCCUCCUCCAGACCAUCUUCAGUCGAGUUAGGGAAAAAAGUGCAGAACACGAGAUGCAAAGAAAGAGGCAGCGUGUCGAUCAGCUUCAACAUUACAUUCAAGACGGCAAGUUUCCAACAGAGAGGACAAAAACGCAAGGUUGUCGAACUCAUCUUUGCCAAGGUACAUCGCCUCAAGAGGCAGUGGCCAGAUGAGGUUAAUGCAGAGGCUUGAGGAUCAAAGACGGGAUGAUGGGCAAGAGUAGAUGGACUAAAAAAGUGAACUGACUCACCACAGAGGCACUUAAAGGAAUGCUGCUUCCAGUCAGACACACUCACAUGUUCAUGUUCUUUCCUGGAGGGGAGUAAAGGGCCUUUCCAAGAGUUGAUUGAAUAAAAAAAAAAAAAGUGAAGAAUCUCUUUGAUGUGUCAUGCUUUAAAUACUGCCCUAUAACCAAUAAUCAACACAAAUAUCCUCAGCCUAGACUUCUAUAGGAACUAUAUCCAACCCUCAACAGUUUUCUCUGUCAACUGCUGAAAGUUUAAGUUGCCGUAAAUGUACUUUGUCAUAAAUAGGAACAACAAAAUCAUGUGGUCAUGUGGAGAAGAUGCAACUGAAUAAGUCAUUUUAAUACAUUCUUGGCGUACACCCGUGUGCUAAUUGAGUCCAGAGCUACUGGUAAACAACAAACAAAAUAGACCUUGGGCCAAAUAGCAUGUUUGUCAGACCUGGUUGAAACAGUGGAAGACUUGACUAAGAAUAAUUCAAGAUUAGCUGACACCAUUUUAUGUAUGGAAGUAAAAUAUUACGGAUUGAACCAAGAUUGGAAAAACCUGAGGAAGUUUCCCCACAAAAACAGCUGUUUGAUAGACACAUAAACAAACUCACUACAGGAGCAACCGUAAAAAAAACCCACAGUAUUUUAUUACCGAAUGACAUUUAUUGACAACGUAUUGACGGUGAGUGCUGAUGUUUGUAACAUUUAUUAAUAUGAAAAUGACCUUUAAUUAUGUAAAUAACAUCACAAGUAUAUAGUAUUAGGUGCAUGUACUAUAAAAUGAGGAGACAGUAGUCCUUCUGUUCUUCAGUGUCUCCAGUCUGUAAAAACAGAUUCAUCCAGCUUCACAUUUAUCCUAUAUCUGUUAUAAAUAAUAUGUAGAAUGUCACAACUGAGAGUGUGUGUGCAGAGAGAACAGAAUGUAUUGAGUUAAAAUCAACAUCAAAUCCUCUUCCUGCUGAAACUUAAACAGGGGCCAGCAUCAUUUUAUUGGAUCAAGAGAGUUUAAUGCCCAUCUUUCAUUAAGAGUUUUGACAUCUAGACCUUGACCUCUUCCUCCUCCUCAGAGAGAACAUAUGGUGUUUUGUGGCUGGAGGAAACAGCAGAAGUGGUGGUGUUGCACGUCGCCGUUCUCUUUGUGAAGGACCCUCCGCCAUAAUGACGGGAGAGCAGGUCAGCUGCCUUCUGGAACCUCUCCGCCUCCAUCACAGGCUCCACUCUCUGUGGAGACCCAGUGGAGGCAUCUGGUGUCCUCUGAGAGCUCCUGUCCUCCUCUUGCUCUGUCCAGUUUGAGCUACAAGAGCGCCCUCUGUUGCUCCUGCAGAGAGAGCCGCUGCCCAUGGAAGGGUUGGGUGAAGUUACCUCAGGGCUCUGCACAGGCGUCUCUGUUGGAGAGCUGUCGUCCUCAUCUUCCUCAUCAUCUCUUCCUGCAUGUUCCGCCUCGCUGUGGUUGGAUAUCUGCAGGCAGCUGGGGUUGUCAAUCAAGCUGAGCACCUCAGUCAUGAGGGAAGGGCCGAGGUCAACAGUGAAUGAGGAGAGGGAGUCUGAGCGUGUCAGUGUAAAGUCACUGCUAACUGGUAGAGACACUUUCUGGACAUCUCCAUCCUGAAAGUGUCUGUCAAGACGAGAAAGACGAGGCAGAGUGACAAACCCAGACUGCAGACCUGCAAACACAAGAUCAGUAAAACAUACUCAAGUCAUUUAAAUGAUCAAAAUAACCACGCAUCAUAAAGGAAACACAUUCUUGACUUGUCUUCAAAUGGACUUGCUGUAUUUUCUGUGUUAGUUUCGGAGCAGGCAGAAGACAUCAUUACACCUGACAUGUCAAGUCCAAUAUAUGUAUUAAAAAUGUGCAAUAUACUCCCACAAAUGCACAAUGUUUUUAAUAUAUUUUAUAGUAUCUAACAGCUGUUUUUUGGGAGGCCACAGAGUUUGCAUCUGUCUUUGUUUCCUUAUUAUUUAUUCUCUUUAUUACCACUCUGACUGAAGACUCGCGCACAAACAAUUCGUAGGCAAUCGUACUGAGACUGUGCAAAUGGCAAAUAAAAUCUUGAAUGUUCUACAAUC